GAGCCGGCGGACGGUUUGCAUUUUAGCGUGACUUUAGUGCGAGUACGCGAGCAAUUAAAAGUCCGAGGCGAUUUUUGCUGAAAUGCUACCGCAAUUCGGGAAAGGUUACGCCUCGCUAGAAAACCAGUGAUCUCAUAAAUAUCCAAAUAUUCGGGUACUUGAAGUAAACAUGUUCGAUUGUUAUUAAAAAGUGUAUAAGAUACCAAGAGGAUGUGCGAGGAAUCGGCUUGUCUUGUACCGCCUUUGGAGACCUCCAGCCAGAAUGGAGCUGCGGAAACGAGACGUAGGUUACUCCGGUUGCCGUUCUUUUGCAUGCCAACGUCGUUCGGGUUUCCAUCCGGAAACGGGACCGUCCCCCAAAACGGAGAGGCGCUCGUCGGCUUCCACGAGGACGCCCUGUCGCAGGCGGCCACCGGCAAGGCGCAGCUCCUCCUGGCCGCCGUCCUGGGCCUGGCCCUGGCGGCGGACUGCUCGGAGGUCACCAUCCUGGGCUACCUCAUGCCCGCCGCCGAGCUGCACCUCUGCAUCGGGGAGCACAGGAAGAGCUGGCUCGUGUCUAUAACAUUGCUGGCGAUGGCCGGCGGCUCGCUGGCCUGGGGCAUACUCGGGGACCAUUUGGGGCGCAGAAGAGCGCUGAUCAGCGCCCUGUCUGUAGCCGCCUUAUUUUCAGCAGUGGCUUCGGUGAUGCCGACCUACGGAACCUUCAUGACGGCACGUUUCUGCUCUGGUCUGGGCAUAUCAGGGGCAUUUCCGCUAUCGUUCAGCUACUUAGCAGAGACUUGUUCGAGGUCGACGCGGGCGAGAUACGCCGGGAUUUUGCAUUCCGCGUGGCCGCUGGGCGCGAUUUUCAUAUCAGUAGUAUCACACGCUACCAUGCCCACUGACGGAGCCGAAAUCGUUCAGGACAAUCGGGAGCACUGGAGCUCGUGGCACAGGUUCCUCCUCUUGAGUAUCAUUCCAACGAUAAGUUGCAUAAUAGGACUGAUGUGGGCUUCGGAGUCCCCUCGAUACCUGUUAGAGGCUUCCAGAGAGGUAGAGGCGUUGGCUGUCUACCAGAGACUGCACAGGCUCAACAAGACGCGGACCCAAUACGGCCUGACCGAGCUGGAGUUGCCGAAUCGCAGCGCCUACAGGGAGAGAUCCGCCAGCCCGUCGAGGAACAUAUUCAAUCACGGGGUGGUAUCGUUCCGGGAAGCCUUCCAGCGGGUGUCAUCCCCGAUGCACUUUCGCACGACUUUGCUGCUGGCAGCGCUGCACUUCCUCAGCGGAUUCCUCUACAUGGGCGUCUCGGCGUUCUCGGCGUCGGUGCUCAAGCACCUGAAGGAGGACGACUACUUCCUGCACAGGCAGCACGUCAGAGACACGAACUACACGGGGGGCCACUUCAACGCCACCGUGGAGAACGUUCUGUUCGAGAACGUGAUUUUCAAAAACGCCACAUUCGCGCACAUGAAUCUCAUUCACGUGGAUUUCGUUAACUGCACAGUGGACGAGUCGGAGUUUAUAAACGUUAAAGCUUCGGUGUCGUUCUUUACGGAAUCCCUCAUCAAGGAUAAUAGGUUUAUCGAUACUGAUCUGACGAAUCGCCAUUUUAUUAACUGCAGCCUGGUAAAUAACACGUUUCUAUCGCUCAUAUCUGAUUGUAUCGUGGAUUUCGAUUACAAUGUUUUCCUGGACGAUUUGAACGAUGACACGCUGGCUUGGGCGGGAUUCAUGUUCCCGGCGUUGUUCUUCAUCGGAUUCGUGCUGGAAACGGUUCCGAGACCGCCUGUUGUUAUCGCUACUUUUGUUCUGGCCGGAAUAUCGGCGGGAGGGAUAUUUUUGGUAUCUACUUCUGCUUUUAUCGCGUCGACGGUGGAUCUGUUGAUCAAGAUAUUCCUGAUGUGCGCCGUGAAUGGGCUGACGAUGGUGGUGAUUGAAGGGUAUCCUUGCCAUCUGAGGUGUUCGGCGCACGGAAUGAUGCGUUGUUUGUUUCUUAUAGCGUCCCUUUGUGCCAUCCCUAUAUACGGUAUGUUGGUUCAUACUAUGUUGCUUUUUCCCGCGAUUUUAACUAUAUCGUUAGCUGUAAUCGCCGCUUUGUUAUCGACCAGAAUACAGGAUAACAGCAAAGUUCUUUUGUAGAGCGAUGAAUGUUUUUGUAAGGUAGGAAAUUAUUUUUUGACAAUUUUGAAAAGUAGGGAAAUCUUCGAAUCUACUCCAAUAGGAAUAUUCAACCUUCAACAUGAGAUAAACAAAGUAGGCUUUUCUGUACUCAGUAAAAUUUCUUUGUUUUAUAUUGCCAUGAUAAAAAAAUCUAUUAUGAAAAAUCUGUGGUAGAACCCAAGAAAAAUAUCAUGUUUGGUGAAAUUAAAAGUACCAAAUUAAAAAUCGAACAAAAACAUGAGUAGAGAAUGCGUGUUUUGAUAUCGAGUGUAUAAAAUUGAUGUUAAAAAUGAUAUACUACUUAGCGAAUCCUUCAUCUUUUAUUAGUACACUUCUAUCUACAAAUUCAUUUCUUACAACUUAUAAUUUAAAUAUUUAAGUUACUCUGCUCAAAUAAUGGAUUCAUUAUUACAGAAAUAUGAAAAUAAUGAAUCUUAUCGCAAUAUAAAGCGUAUUUGGACUAUCAAUAAGUUAAAAUUUUUUGAGAAAAUGUAUAUUAUUGGAAAAACGAUAAAAAUACCCUAAUUAAAAAUAAAUGAUGGUGACCUUAUUCGACUACAUAUAUCGUUUUUUGGGCAUAUUUACAGUUUUAAAAAUUCAAGUACCUGAGAAUCAAACGUUUAUUAUACUAAGCUUUUUAAGAUGUUUUUACUUUUCUAUUUAAACCAACUUCAUCCUAAUUACAAAUUAAUUGAAGAACUCACUUUCUGAAACUUCUAAGCAUAAUAAAUUAGUACAUCGAGUUUAUCUUCAAUUAGUAAAAAAAAUUAGAAAAUUUAAUUUUAAAACUGUGAUAUCUAAGUAAACUGAAAUGUUUUAAUAAAAUUCGUGCUUGUAUCUUUUGUGCGUAUUUCCAUGAAAAAAAGCAAUUCUCCUUGCAUAUCACAAUUUAUAACGUAUAUCAUGCAUUUUGCAAACCACAGAAGUCAAAUUACUGUAUUCGGUCCUUGUUAGAAACAAAUAUAGAACCUUUUAUCUUUAGAUACAAAUUUUUAAAUUUAAAUUAUUUGUAUACAUAUCCAUUUGUAUUAUUGUUGAGAUUAAUAAAAGUUUUUUGCUUCACGUUUUUAUUAUUGUCUCUUAGCUUUUAAAUCGAAUAUAGCAGAGCAAAGCGUUUAAUUAAAAUUUGUCCAAUGAUUUGCUAAUUUCUUCGAAUAUUCUCUUCUCGAUGAAAGGCACCAAAGUUUUGUUCUGUUCGACGUUUAAACUUAGAAACACCACUUUUCCCAGUUUCUUCGACAAUCGGCAAGCCACACCUUGAGAAAAUUCUUCGUUAAAAUCUCCCAUGAGCCUCGACCCCACCGGCGAGUUAUUAAAACGAUUAACCAACGCUAACGACAGGUCAUUGAAUACUGCUUGAUCCUUGUAGUUAACGUACAAUAGAAUAGAAUCUUGCAUUCGAACCACUUGAAAGAGCAGCCUUCUUUCCAUUAUUUCCGACUCGAAUACAUGAACUUUAAACUGAGAUGUUGCUGAUGGUGCUCCCUUUGAAUUAUCACUGUCCUUUGACGGUUCCAUUUGAUCCACAGUUAGGGUCAUUAUUGUUAAUACACAAAUUCAAAAAAUAAUUGUCAAUU